CGUUGAAGAGCCCAUUUUAAACUGUACCUCGCGGUGCAAAUGAGGCAGCCCACUUUAUUGGGCCCUAUGAAAAAGCCUAACGGUAAUAGUUGCAAGCUCCUUUUCUGUUGGCCUGCCGGAGAACAGCUAACCGCCGCCGGCAAGCAGCUCCCUUUCCCGUCCCGUUCGAACUUGGAAGACCAAUUACCGACACUCCAAUUUUCCUCUGCCAUUUGUCUCGCGUUUUUUAGACCAUAUGGCACAAUCUCCGUCGUCUUCCUCUCUCUCUGAUUAAUAGAAAGCAGAACCAGAUUGCGACAAGAGCCAAGAUGUUCCCUUCAGAGUCAAAGAUGACUUCUUCCGGUGAACGGAGACCCGACGACCACGGUAGCAACCUGGUCGGAGCCCGUUUCUACAAAAUCAUUCUCCAGGAAACCGUUCGCGACAAGAAGCUCUUGAUUCCGUCGAGGUUCGUUACAAAUUGCGGGGAGGGUUUGUCGAACUCUGCAAUUCUGAAGGUCCCAAGUGGGCUGAGCUGGACGGUGGGUCUGGUGAGGGAUGAAAUUGGGGUCUGGUUUAGGAAUGGAUGGCACGAUUUUGCAGAAUUUCACUCAUUAAGAUAUGGGCAUUUCCUGGUUUUCGAGUACAAGGGUUGCUCCAGUUUCUAUGUAGUUAUAUGUGAUAGAACAGCUGCAGAGAUUGUGUAUCCGAUCACUAAAGUUGCUAGCAACCAGCAGCCUGCUGAUGAAACUGGAAGUUUUUUACUUGAACCAAAAGUUGAGGUGAUUGAAGAUGUCUCUGAUGAAGUGGAUGCGCCCCAAAGAAGCAAGGGUAAGUCCCCAGUCGAGGUUUCGCAGUCUCGCUGUAGGAAGAACGACAAGAAGAAUGUGCGGGGUAGUUCGUCUAGAAAUGGCAAAGUGAGGAUGGAGAGUUGCAGUAAGGAAAGUGCAGAAGGGCAUGAAUCAUCUGCACAAGGGAUUGGAAGCAAUUCGGUGGAGUUGGGAGUCAAAGAGGAAGAAGGAGGUGAUGAGAUGAUCCAUGAAGAGCCUCCAUUUGUGAGGGGACGUAAGCCUAUCACUGGAUUCACCUCACCACAUCCAUUUUUCGACUGCCGGAUGACUUCUAGUACUUUGUCAAGGAAGCAAUUGUAUUUACCAGCAGGCUUUUCAGUCAGGCACAUUAGGAAAGACGAGAAUUCAUUGAAGCUUCAGGUUGCGGACAAAACUUGGCCAGUGGCACUAGUUAGGUUCACGAAGGACAAGUAUGUGUACUUCAGCGACGGCUGGCUUGAAUUUGCAGAGCAGAACUCUCUGAAACAAGGAGACAUUUGCAUCUUCGAGUGCAUUCACAGGUGGACUAACGUCCUGCUGAAAGUCACCAUCGUUCGAGAAUGUUAAUACGAACUAGGAAUGCUAUUUAUCCUUUCUGUAUGUGUGGAAAGCUAGCACCCGGGACAGUGCAGAUAGCUAGUUCCCUGUUGUGUAUUAUCGAGAAAUAAUGACUUCUGUUGCCAAGUUCCAAAUGAAGCUUCUUCUUCAUUGUUUCUUUUAGCAGUCAGACAAACGCAGUUGAGUCUGCCUGCUAUACCUUCCUGUUUGCCAUCUCUGCCAGACUACUCAAACUGGGUAUUCAUAACUUCGAGAUGAAAGGCUCCAAUGGCUGAUACUUUAAUAUGAUGUUAAUGG